ACACUGCCUCCACUUCACUCACACGCUCCCGCCGAGCUGCCAGAGAGUCACCACCGCUGCUGCUGCUGUUCCUCCACCUCUCCAUCUCCAUCUCCAUCUGCGCGCCGCGGUGCCUUUCACUCUGCGCGUCCAGCUGUGCGCACAUCUCUCUGCGGAGCUCCCGACCAGGGCUGAGGAAACUGAACUGUUUAUAAAACUCCCGGACGGACCGGAGAGAAACUCAAACAGGAAUAUGUCUUCUAAAACGGAGUGUGUGAAUCUGUCGCCGUAUCAGAUCGGAGUGCUGGAGGAUAAUUUCAAAAAGGACAAGCAUCCGGCCGGGACGUCGCUCAUGUUGAUCGCUGCAGAGGCCGGGCUGACAGAGGAGGAAACUAAAAAAUGGUUCCACCAACGUUACUCACAGUGGAGGCAGGCGGAGGGACUUCCGGCUGAACUGGGAUCAGUGUUGGACCUGGCCUGAAUAAGAAUCUGCUGGAUGCCUGAAGCUCUGCGCUGACCUUGUUUCUCCUGAACAAACUGACCCUACCACCUCCUCCCCAUACACUUCCCCUCUCCACGUGUCAUUCUUACUUUAUUUUUUUAAAUCUAUGAAGCUAUUUUAACUUGCUGUACGGAAUGUGAAGGUGUUUGUGUGUUGUUGCCAAUAUAACCGCCGUGUUUACAGAAAUAAACAUAUUGUUAUCAUAAGUUAAAA